AUGGGCACCUCGCGUGUUGUGCCGGCCCUCCUCGGCCUCUCUGCAUUCGCCUUCUACAUAACAUGGGGCGCAUCCUUAAGCAACGGCACCUUGGGCCGCAUGCUCCAUAUCCGGGGCGCAGCGGUCCCCUGCAUCCCUGGCACCCAUGAGCCCUUGCGUCUGCGAUUCACCGGCAUCGCCCCAAUCGACUACUGGUGCACCAUCAUGGUGCUCUUCUUCUGGGAAGCGGUCGAUGGCAGUCACCCAGCGACCAGUAUGAGCGGGAUAUACUUCCUUGGGCAGCUUGUGGGCAUCUGGACCCUGGUGUGGGUGGAGGGGUUCCGCAGGGGAGAGAGACACAUGGUCGCCAAAGCGACGCUCUGGGCCCUAGCGAUGCAGAACUUCACUUUGGCCUGCAUUGGCCCGAUCUACUUUGCUCUCCAUCUCGAGGCCAACCAUAACGUGCGAGCCCCUGCCGCACGUCAACUGCGGUAUCUCCCGUGGUCGAUGGUUCUGGGGUACGUCGUCCCAAGCAUCAUGCUGGGCCUCCCGUCUCCAAACGUGGUCUCGUACCCGGCCCAACAAGCCACCAUCGCCCUAUGGACGCCGUUUCCCGUGUGGGUUGGGUUGAUUCACAGCUUAUUGAGCUGGUGUGGAGGCCACAUCUACAACAUCUCCCCGGAGCCCGCGGCAGAAAGGUCAUCCAAGAUCUACUUGCACGCGGCCCGACCGGUUUAUCUCUUCGCUGUCAUCGGCAGCGCUAUCGUCCACAUCGGGACGGUCGUGACUUCGUUGAGCACCGUAGUGUUCCCCUCUCUCUUUGUGGCGUCCGCUCGGGAGGCGCUGGCACCACAGACCUUGCUAUUUCCCAGGAACUUGCUGUUAGAAAGUAUUGGUGCUGGAGUGUUGAACUUCAUGCAGUGGGACCAGUUAGUUGGGUACGCAGCGUUGUGGGUGUGGGUUCUGAAGAUAACACAGGAAGGUGGGAUGAGGGUGCAGACGAAGGCAGCGUUGCUCUGGAGAGCGCUGGAGAUGGUUGUGUGUGUUGCCCUGCUGGGCCCUGGGGGUGCGGCGGUACUGUUUGUGUGGCGGAGAGAUGAGACCGUGGAAUAG